UAAUUCCAAUUCAUGUAUAGUGUAGUCUAGUCUAAUCUAACCUAGUCCAACAACAAAAAGAAAAAGCCACAAGUGCGUAGUUUACCAACAAGAAGUGUAAAUAUUUGUUGUACACUAUUUUCAUGAGACUGAGCAGAGUAAAUUUAAAAUGUUUUCCAUUUUUUAAGAAUGCGAUAAUUUCUUAUUUUUGAGUGUGAUAAAAUUUACUUAAGUGUUUCUUAUUCCUUUUAUUUUGUAUUCUUUCUAUUUUACGAUUGCUCCAGAGAGAGAUAGCUGUAUUCUACCGAAUAAUGACUUCACAACGAAUAUCCCACAAAAGCAUAAUAAGAAAAAAUAUCCCAAAACAAAAACGCGCGAAAAGGUUUCGUUGAGUGCAACCAAUCUGAUUCGAUGGAAUUCAUUUCAUUUCAAAAAUUCAAUUUUGGAGGGAAAAUCGUUGAACAGAGUGGACGUGUGACAGAAUAUAGCGCGCGAAAUAUUUCUAGUGACGAAUCAAGAAUUUUUGAAGAAAAGAGUAUCGCACACAUUUCACUUUAAUAAGAUAAAAUAAUCACUAAUAAAAGCAAUAAUGUCUCAACCAUCAGUAGCAUCGUUUUUCAAUACAAGAAAACGAGCGGCAUCGGAAUUACAUUUAUCUAAAACUCGAGAUGUUUCAAGUCAACCCACUCCAUCGUCAAAGAUCCUCGAAAAUGAUGACAUAUCCACCUUGAAGAAUGCGAUCACCACCCGAUCGGGAAGAACCAUUAAAAGAAUAGGUGUGAAUGGCGCGGAUACUAUGGCAAAGAUAUCAAAGGUGGAAGCUAGCCUUAAACAACAAAAACUUGUGAAGUUUGUUAAGAAAGGGAACAUGUCUCCCAGGAAAAAGGCUCCGACACCACAAAAGCAAAACCAAGAUGAAACCACAUCGAUUCAGGCAGAGCAACCAUCAUCAACAUGGACCGCAAAAACAAACAUCACAAACAUUGAGCGCGGAAUGAAGACACCAGUGAAGCAGAUAAUCCAGGAUACUCAUAGGAAGGACCCAACACAACUGAAGUCAAUGGUCAAGAAGGAACUUAACUUCGAUGAAGUCAAGACCAAAGUCUCACGUCACGAGAAGCUACAUGAGUUGAAAGAAUCAUUAAAACGCAUACAAGAAUUGGAGAAGACUCGCAAAGCUCAAGAAGAAAGGAACCGACGCCUGCGAGAACGCGGACCAUCUACAUCGAAGAAUCCCAACCAAAUUACACUCAAGGAGUUCAAAACAAUUGAAUUGGAAGUACUGACAAGCCCUGCUAAAGGUUUCAAAACUCCCACAAAAGUAGUCCCCCCGACACCAGAUAAAAAUGAGUUGAUGUCACCGAAGCACACGCCUGUGUCAAAACGUGUGCUCUUCAGUCCGUCAAAAGAUGGAAGUCCAGCUAAAAUUGUAGUACCCCCAGCAUAUCAAAAGUUCAUGCAUUUGGUGGAAACUUCCAAAUCGGCCUUGCAUCUACCGUUUAAAUAUCGUCAGCUCAUUGAAACGUUUAAGUGUCUGGAUUCGGUUUGUGCAAUGUUUUUUAACCGCAAAGAAGUUAUUACACUUAAAAAACUCAAACCGGCUGUUCAACGUAUGCUGCGUAGAAACUUCACCGAGACUCAUUUGGCUCAAAUCAAGCACAUAUAUCCGGAGGCGUUUGUUUUCACUCAGAUGAAAAUGCGGAACUACGGAUCAGCUUCGAAACAGGAUUACUUUCAAUUAGUAGUAACACCGAAUGUCGAAGGUGUACCACACAACAAAAUGAUACAAAUUGAUGAGGAUAAUGUUCUUGAGUCAGCUCUUUCUAACGCAAUGAAUCCACAUGUUAUGACCGAGCGCCUUCAAAAAUUUCAAGGACUUUUACUAGAGCGCACUAAACACGAGCAUGAGAAGUUUUUACAAAGCUUAGAUCCACCAAUUGUUUUGGACAAACAUAAGCUAACACGUUGGCAUCCAUCUUUCGAUCUAGAAGAGUGUCCAGAUAUUGAAUUGGGUAACUUACCUCAACCGCCAAAUGUUGAAAAAUAUUCCUCGGCGAAAGACAUUCUUUCGACUGCAAGAAAUCUAUUCAACUGUGCCACUCCAAUGGAACGGGCAAUGGAACGUUUUGAUUCAAAAACCGUCGAGGAAAAGAAUGAAUUAAUGCAUCCAACAAACCGCGUUCAACCAACCGAAACCGAAUUAGCUGCUAACAAGGAACUAGACAAUUUGCUUAAAGGUGUACCUAAAUCAUUACUCGAAAAAAUACGGGCAAAACAAGCAGCAAAGGCUCUAGAUGCCAUGACGCGGAGACCAUCACAGGAUGAAGAGGCUACAAUGUAUAGCCGGCUGCCGGAACUCGCUCGUCACCUUCGUAAUGUUUUCAUCACCGAAAAGAAAGGCGUACUCACUCUGGAAAUAGUCAUUAAAAAAAUACAAAACAGUUUCAGGACAUCGCUUACGUGCAAGGACAUCGAAAAUCAUCUGCAAUUGAUAUCAAAGGUAUGCCCGCAAUGGAUUGGAUUUCACGAAGUGCGAAAAACCAUGUAUUUGAAAAUUUCCAAGGAUAUGGACAUGGGAAAAGUCAUUGAAAAACUAGAGACAGUGGCCAACGAGAAGACCAAAUGAUGCAUCAUUUAAUUUUGCCCAAAAAGGCUUAGUUUAUUUCAUAUUAAGUUUUAAGAAAGUUAUACCUCAUAAUUAAAUCAUUUUUUGUAUUCUAUACCAAACUCUUAAAUGCCCUUCAUUCAUUUAUAGAACAAUUAAUUUAUACCAUCAUUUUCAUUUAAAUAUUGUUUAUGUUUGAAAUUCGUUCAUUUCAUAAUUUGUUGUCUUAUAAUGUGUUAGAUUCUAGUUUAUGAAUGUUUCAGCAGUUUACUUUGACAUAAUUAAAAUAAAAUUGAAAUGUAUUGUACUUUUAUAUUUUCUUUAAAAAUAAACAUUGAACAUUA